AGUACAUGCACCCCCUAGUAGGCAUUUACUGUGCGAUGUAACAGCUCGUUAGUUAGUUGGCUGCGGUGUCUGCUGCGGCACCUGUGCUCAGUGCUCAGUGCUCUCCAUGUGCCCUGUGCGUCUACUGGUCUUGUCACUCGCUUUUUUGAUAUUUGAUCAAGCCAGGUCUGGCCUGCUCUGCAUCCUGACGACACUGUCCGGUUCCGGAUGGCAAUACUCUCCUUCUCUCCUUCUACUUUCUCUCCUUCGACGUCUAUCUCUACCUACCUACUCUAACCUGGCCCUCGCCCUCUUUCUUCUUUCUCUCCACGUCAUACCACUUUCGAGACUGCAGCCCUCCUUGUCGCUGGAUACUCGAUACUAAUGCUCUACCUAAUAAUUCCCUCCCCCCUUUCGCCCGUUGUGCGGCCAGGCCGAAUCAAUUGAGAAGAGCGAGAGGCGACCAUCUCGGGUCUGUCCUCUCCCCCCCUUAUAUCGACGGCGACGCAAGGGCCCGUCGGAGUCUUCCAUGGAUGGACGACCCGGGUUAAAUUCUAAUAUCUCGACGAAUAAAAGGCGCCUGGGAGCCCGGGGAUUGGUUGUGAAACAUAUAUUCCCAGAACAGAAGUCGGGAGGGUCCGCUGCGGGUAACCCGGAGUAAAGGGCGUGGGAAGAAAGAGAGCAAUCAUGGCCUCGUCCACUUUUGCGCUCGAGGGGGGUCACG